GCCAUGAGUCUGCACUAGGCUGCCUCAGCCUGGAGCUCAUGAGGGACCCGGCUCUAGGCUCCAGAUGACACUGAGACCUCAUUAUAUGAACUCCCGCCAUGAACCGAAAGAAGCUGCAGAAGUUGACGGACACCUUAACCAAAAGUUGCAAGCACUUUAAUAAAUCUGAAGUGAACUGCCUUAUAACGCUUUUCUAUAACUUGGUGGGAGAAGUAGCAGAAAGGCCAGGGGUAGUCAUUGGACUAGAUCGUAAUGCAUUUCGGAACAUCCUGCAUGUGACAUUUGGAAUGACAGAUGACAUGAUUAUGGACAGAGUAUUUCGAGGUUUUGAUAGAGACAAUGAUGGCUGUGUAAGUGUAUCUGAGUGGAUUCAUGGAUUAUCACUGUUUCUUCGAGGGACUUUAGAAGAAAAAAUGAAAUAUUGCUUUGAAGUGUUUGAUCUGAAUGGGGAUGGCUUCAUUUCAAAGGAGGAGAUGUUCCACAUGCUGAAGAACAGCCUUCUCAAGCAGCCCUCUGAAGAAGACCCUGAUGAAGGGAUCAAAGAUUUGGUUGAAAUUACGCUUAAGAAAAUGGACCAAGACCAUGACGGGAAGCUGUCCUUUACAGACUAUGAGAACGCCGUGAGAGAAGAGACUCUCCUGCUGGAAGCCUUUGGGCCAUGCCUGCCUGAUCCAAAGGUGGUAGCAGAGACUGCACAGCAAGCUGGACCUAUUGAAGAGCCUUCUCUAUUCCAGGACCCACUCGACGCUAACAGAUUUUCAAGUCACUUGAGCCAGAUGGAAUUUGAAGCCCAGGUAUUCAAAGACCCGCAUGAUUUCCAUGAUAUAUGAUUUCCUAAAUGUAUUGAUUUGAGUAAGUACAGAAGGAGCCACUUGAAGUUCAUCUGUUCUUCUCGACCCAGGAGAUGCUGUGGGGAGAUUCACAUCAUUUGUGUGUGUUUUAGUUCAGGCUUUUUCAGAUACAGUGGAUUUGGCAAUACAUGUUGACACUGCAAAACUAUUUUUACCACUUGAACUCUGUUAAGACACAUACCUGUCAUAAACCUCCAGAUUAAUCAAAGCAAUGAACAAAUUAUAUGGACACCACUUAUGGGUACAAAAUAGUCUUCAUGUCAAAAAUAGCUUGAGUGUACACUGAAAUAUUGUUGAAACUACAGUUUCCUUCAUAGCAAUCAGUGAUGAGGGUGGUACUCAGAGAUUAUGAACAUGGCAAGCAAGAGGGGCUAUAGUAACAUGAAGGUCAGGGGACCCUGUCUGUUGUGCUUUCUUCUAUGAGGCUUUCCUUCACCAGCUAAUGGGCAUUGGAGGGCAAAGAUUUUGUCAUACACACUAUCAUGGCCACCACAGCAGUUAGCACUUUGCAUGUAAUAGGCCCUCAAUAAAUAUUUCAGAUUGGAUUUGAAACCAGUAAAGUUCCAUACGAUUACUUCUUGUCCAUGAGCAGAGAGGUCUUCUCUGUUGAUGAGCCCACAUUUCAGCUAAUUUCUGGAUGACCAGAGACGUCUGCGCUCUCCAUGGGCCCAGCUUUCAAUCAGUCUCUAGAGGCACAUUCAGCUCCUUCAUUGCCAUCAAACGCCAGGGCCCUCUCUGCUAUGACGUCCAGUGUCACACCACGCUAGCCUGGCUGUAGUCCAUUUACCACCUCCGUAUGGAAUAUAGUGUCAUGGUUGCACGCUGCCUGGAUUUCCAGUGCAUAACCCACAGGGAUCACGUCAUAUUAUAUUCUAAAGGGGCCUUCCAGCUAUGGAAUUUCGAAAGUUCCUGUCGGGGCCGUGGCCAUCUUGUGGUACUGAAAGAGCUCUCCUCCCCAGGUCUCCUAAGCUCCAUGUGCCCCUUGGGACUCACAGGAGAGCAACUAAAGGGGCUGACAAUAUGGUACCUACCCCUGAAUCAUACAAGCUCUAGAUAAUAUGUCAAAAAGCAAAUCCCUUUUCCUGUUAUAUAUGCGUUACGUUUGUGCAAAGGUUAUACUCUAUACAGAAAUUGACUAUUCCUAAUCAGUAGAAUAAGUAAUCAACCAUGCUGAUACAUGGGGCUUUACAUGAGCAUUCUUUCUAUGAAAGUUAUAAAUAAUAAAACACAGUGAUCUUUGUAUUUCUAUCAUCAUUCAUCACUGGAAAAUGUCAGCCAAAAUGAUGUGUAAUUAAGGUAUACAUAACGUGUAUACGUGUAUUCGACUAAACAAUUACUACUUAAAGUUUAGUGGGAUACCUGUUAACACACAUUUGUCUAGCCUAGUGCAGUCUGCCCUCGUGGUUUCAGGUGCAGUGACCGUAUCUUCUGUUGAAUUACUGAAAUCCAGUACACCCAACACCCCCUCCUUUCCACUUAUUGAUGGUCACAGCUACUUACCAACCCACUUUCUGCUGCUGUGAGAUUCUCAGCUUUAAGUUCACAUAAAAACAAGGUUCUAUAAGACUCAUUUUCCCCUGGGUGGGGCAUGUUGUGCUUUUGUAGUGCCCAGCUUAUUCACAGUAUUGCAAAUUAUAUAAAUCCUAUCUUAAAGGCUGACUAACAUUUCACUUCUAAUGUAUAUGAGAUACAUGUAUGUAGAUCAUGAUGGCAUCGUCCUUUUCUGUUUGUCUAAUGGCAGACAGCGUGCUGUACCGUGAGAAUGCUGUGAAAUGAACACAAGACCCCGGCGUCUCUCUGAGCGAUAGACUGAAUUUCAUUCGGUAGCUCUGUUUCCACUUCGCUGCCGUCUUUCCUGAUGGCUGUCCUAAUAUACACCUCCACCAAUGCUGUGAGGGUUCUUUUUUCCAUAAACCAUGAGCAUAAUUUUGUUAGUUGUGUAUGUCCUUCUACCAUUAGACACUAAAAUUCCAUGGAGUGUAGCAACACUGAGCUUUUCACGUAUAUAAAAUUGUUGGCCGUUUUUAUAGAUUUGCAAAACACAAAGCUGGGGCCUUUCUUCAGUUUGCACUACAUCUUUCUGUGCAAUUGCGGUUCACUGAAAAAAAAAAUCCAGAAGCUUAAGGAGACUAAAAAGCUAAAAGAAUAAAAUAUUGAUGAAUACUCUGAUGAGUCCUUUCAAUUUUCCGAGGCCUGUCGCUGUGCACCUCUCGACGUGUGCAGCUUUGCGUGUGGUUGUGUGGAAACUGCAUCUCUUCAAGAUGCCGCCUUGGGAACACUUCUCAGGGUGAUUAGGGUUUGUCCACCGCCUGGCUUGUCUUGCCUUCCAUGUGUCAGGUCAUUGUGUACAGUUAAGUUACUCUAGUGUUUGCUGUGAUAGCAGCUAACGGUGAACACCCCGCAGGCCCAUCUCACGUGCUUCACCGCUGGUUUUCCUGGAGUGGGUUUGGAAGUGAAUCACUGCACUGAGGUCAUGUGUGGUCCCGUGGCUCUCACAGAGCUGCUCCUGGUCUAGAGACCAUCAGUCUCAUCACUGGUAAGAGCGGUCUUCCCACUUCCUCUCCAUGGGUGAUUUGUGUCAUUGGUUUUACCACGAUAGCUGUUUGCUUUCUGCUGCUGUGAUAAAGACCAUGGCCAAAAUCAACUUGGGAAGGAAAAGAACCUGGAGGGAAGAACUGAAACGGAAACCGUGGAGGAUGCUGCUUACUUGCUCCUCGCGGCUUGCUCGACCUAAUUUCUUAUAUCACCCUGAGACA